AUGAGUGGUGAUACGCUUUACGAAGCGCCGAGAAGAUACAAUGCCGCCAAGAUGAGAGUCCACGAUUAUUUAUAUGAUUCUGCCUUCAUUGUAUCCGGCGCCAGGGAUUACGCGAGAACCGCUUUUAAAGCAGCCAUGGCUUCUGCCCAAGUUAUCAUUCAGCCCGUAUACAAAACAAUGUUCUCGGAGCUGCGACAGUUUCCUAGGAUUCAAGUUGUGUACCACCCCAACUGUCGCCUGCCGCACCACGUGGACCGAUCAUACGGUGCACACUUGACCAAAGUGAGGGAAAUGCGUGCGGUACCAUCGCCAGACCUGACUGGGAAGGACCGAUACAAAUAUAGUGCAGUACCAAAAAAAUUGCUGCCCAUAAAGAGUGCCAGUCCAGAAUUCCAUCCACCUUCCUUGCUGAAGACUCCUGCGCCGACCAAACCAAUGAAUAAGGGGACCCAAAGUGUAUUCAGGGAGUCAUCAGCGCAGACACGUCCGUGGCAACCGGACGCGCGGCUGGCAGAGGGUUGUGAAAACACUCCCGAAGUUAUGUACCUGGAUAAACUGGAAUGGGGUCCAGGUAUUCCGUACCGUACUGGGGACUUGCCAGCCGAUUUUCAUACUACGGAAAUUAUAAAUAAAAUGCGUCACGCUCGCAAGUGGACGGAGCUGGUGGAGAAGGGUCGGUUCCCGCGCUGGAUGAAGAAACAGGACGCGAUUAUCAGCGAUAUCGAAACCAAAGAUUGGAUCUUCAGGGAAGCUGAAAUCGACGAGCUCCAGGAUAUUCGUCUAUCGCUACUCCAGAAGCUGAAAGCCGACCAGCAAAAUAAGAACACGACCCGCGUUGGCGCGAAAUUGACCAAGCUUUGGAAUCGCAAGAAAACUGACAUGGAACGCAAGAUAGAACUCAUUAGGAAGACCAGGGACCGAGAAAUACGAAAGCUGUCAACUCUUCACGGCCGCGGGGGCAGAGCAGGCCUCGUGCAGUCUUUGCGCGCAGCAAGGGGAGCAGGGUCCGCUAUUACUGCUGCCCAAGACCCAAACUCAGACCUGUACGCGCCAAGGGCGAUGCACGGGUACCAGGGGAGAAGAACGCAUGGAGAGAUAAUAUAUGACCCUUCGUUGCUUGCUAUCGAAGACCACGAAGCGUUGGCUCAACCACCGGCGUGGCUGGACCAGUGUGGCCAGAACUUGGCGAAGUCAUGCUCCGGCCACUAUUUACCGCGCGAUGAGAGGCAGCUGUGCGAGCGGGAGACCAAGUGGAGUGAACAGUUCCUUGAGAAUCUGCACAAUGAUUUGAAGAAAGCUCGUUUGGGAGCAGCGGGUAACGCGACUGGCCCGCUCCGAGUCCUCAAACCUCGUCGCCUAGUAGAGCCUCCAAGACCUUCGACCCCAGAAGUGGAAUCUGUUCCCGAUUACGAUGAGGCGUCGCACCAAGCAGCUUUGGUACUGCAGAAGAUAUUGAGAGGGCGUGCUGUUCAGAACCUGAUGUUCGAAGGGCGUACCAGGGCAGCAGAACUCACUGAGGAGUUGAAAACCACGCACGGUCUCCAGAAGGAAGACAAGGCGCAUAUAGCUGAAGAGGAAACCAAGGCCAGAGACUAUCGGGCAGUGCAUUCGGAAGCCGAGCAAAAGGAGGAAGCAAUAACUGCACUGGUUGAAGAGUUGUGCGGUGGUGCAGUGUCCGCUGCUUUGGACUUCUUGGAGAAGGAACUCAGGAGGUUGAAGGAGGAGCGACGUCAGCACGCCUUUAUACUCAUUGCACUUCGCGAGAAAUCAAUGCGGGAGGCAGCUGAAGCUGGUCGUAGACAGAAAGAGGAACACCGACGCAAGGAACACGAUGAAAUGUUUAAACAGGUUCUAGGCGUUACCCAAGAAACUGUGGAUGUGUACCUCCAAGAGAUCAUCAAGGAAGGCGUGGACCUAGCAGCCGAAGCGGACGCUGUCAAAAUGACAUUGACAGCAGCUGACAAGAUAGAUCAGUCAAUUUUAGACCACGGCUCUAUGUCGACGGCUGAGCAGAACGAAUUGGUUGCGGAGCUGGUACAGCAAUUCUUGUUGCCUGAAGCGCAUAAAGCCGCUGCCAGGCAUCGCGUUUCAGCGCUGCAAGCUGCUAGAUUGGAAGCCGCUAGAAGCUCCAUUUUCGGAACAUUGGAUGAGGCUGAGUCGGGCAGAGAUGAAAGGUGCAAUCGAUGUGGCGGACCUCUGAACUACCUAUGCAAGUGUGCGAACUGCGAUUUACCAAUGCAGCCAACUGCCACCGAGUCGCGAGACGAUCCUCGAUGGAAGUGCGCGAGACGACACGAAGUUAAAUCCGUGGAUAAAACGUUACCACCCCCUAUUGAAAUACGUCGCAUGCUAGAUGGAAUUGUGGACGAAGCGGUCGGGGUCGCAAGAUAUGUGCGCGAAGAGAAAGAGAAGAUAACAAACUAUAUCGCGCGACGAGUUCGCGAAGAUACAGAAGUCGCGCUUGACGCUAUGGAGACGGUUGAAGAAGCUGUAGCUAUCGCAACGGGCGAGUCACCGGCGCGCGUGCACAGACCUCCUUACCGCCAUUACAUGACUCGCAUCCACGAAGAUGUGCUAGAUAACACCGGGCCUGUUGAUGCACACACAGACUGUCUCAAAGAUCUACCCUCGGAAAUAAGGCGUAGGGCGGAAGAAGAAGCCGCAAAGAUGGACCCAGCCUGUCAUUGUGAAGAUGAUCAGGUCAAAAGCACUGUCAAGUUUGCAAUGGGCUUAAUGGCACCCGAGGACAUCCAAAAGCUGCUGCCUUCAGAGCUGCGACAGCUUGAGGAGAUGCGGCGAUGCAAGUGUGACACCGACCACUCCGCCAGUCCCGCCACCGGCCUCACUGUCUCUGAAGACUACACUUCGACAACUGAAACGGACGGAGAAGAAUACGAAGAAGAUAAAAAUGAACAGUGAACUUAUAACAUCAUAUAUCAAUCGAUGGACGAAAUCCAGCGAACGAA